CCAAAAGAAAUCUAAAAACUCACUCUGUUUUUUCUCUCCAAAACCCUACAAAAAAGAAUCUAAAACCCCAAACACACAAAAAAGAAAGAAAAGGUGUAAGCAAGCAUAGGGCUGAGACUGAUACCUCGACCUGAAUUUUAUCAUCUUGUUGUUGGUCGGAAAAUGGCGUCAUCUUCUCCGAUAACAACUAUGAUGAAGAUGAACUGCUCUCUGCCAGCAGCUCGGCUUGUUGGGCCCCACCAAAUUCAGUUCCGUUGUUCCUCUGUGGGUCCCUUUCAUAACCCUUCUUUUCCAAGAACCAUCAUUGCUCGUGCUACUCCUUCAGCGUUUUCCUCUUCCUCUGUAAUUACUGCUGCGAUGACUGGUGAGACAUCGGUAAAAGUGAUUGAUGGGAAAAAAGUUGCAAAAGAUAUCAGAGACGAAAUAACUGCUGAAAUAUCUAGGAUGAAAGAUUCGAUUGGUGUUGUUCCUGGCCUGGCAGUUAUUCUUGUUGGGGAAAGGAAGGAUUCUGCAACUUAUGUCCGCAACAAGAAAAAAGCUUGUGAAGCUGUUGGAAUCAAAUCCUAUGAAGUGUGUUUGCCUGAGAACUCUACGGAAGAAGAAGUUCUCAAGUCUAUUUCAGGCUUCAAUGAUGAUCCUAUGGUUCAUGGAAUUCUGGUUCAGCUACCAUUACCUUCGCAUAUGAAUGAGCAGAAAAUCCUAAAUGCUGUUUGCAUUGAGAAGGAUGUGGAUGGAUUCCACCCACUAAAUAUUGGACGGCUUGCGAUGCGAGGUAGAGAGCCGUUAUUUGUCCCCUGUACACCCAAAGGAUGCAUUGAGCUGCUGCAUCGGUACAAUGUUGAAAUCAAGGGGAAAAGAGCGGUUGUCGUUGGCAGGAGCAAUAUAGUCGGAAUGCCUGCUGCCCUGCUGCUGCAGAGGGAAGAUGCCACCGUCAGCAUUGUUCAUUCCAGAACCAAGAACCCAGAGGAGAUCACAAGACAAGCUGAUAUCAUAAUAUCAGCUGUAGGGCAACCAAACAUGGUUAGAGGUAGCUGGAUCAAGCCUGGGGCAGUAAUUAUUGAUGUCGGGAUUAAUCCUGUGGAGGAUACUACAAAUCCUCGAGGCUAUCGACUAGUUGGAGAUGUUUGUUAUGAGGAGGCUAGCAAGGUUGCUUCAGCUAUCACUCCUGUUCCUGGAGGAGUUGGGCCCAUGACUAUAGCAAUGCUUCUCUCUAAUACUUUGGUAUCAGCAAAGCGAAUUCACAACUUCGAGUGAGAUUAUAAAGUUCACUACUCUAACCAGGUGGGCCUUAUCGUUUAGCUUCUCAGCUUGUAGCAUGAACACUAACUUUAGGGAAUAAAGCAUCUAAACGAUCUUCAACUCGAGAGACAAUGAUAGGCUACCUAAAGGUGGUCAAAGCUGGAUACCAUGACAUAUUUUAUAGAUCCUGGUAGGAAUAAGGUCUGAUGGCGGCAAUCAAGUCUUAGUUGAAACGCGCUCAAACCCACUAUGGUUUGAUUGCACGUUCAAAUGUUUUUUUCCUUUCAGAAAUUGUCUUCAGUUGUCGAGUUGUCUGGCUGAACCUCUUGUGCCUGAACAAUUGUAUAUGCGCUGUUAGAUGUAAGGGUUUAAUUUGUUCAACAUAAAUGCAGAUUUCAUAUCAUUUGAUGAACAUGAUGCAUUGAACUCUCAAGAAUGUAGAGCUAUGUUUAAUUUUA